AUGAUCAGCCGAAUGCUCGGACCUCGCUAUGUGCAGCUGGCCAAGAACUGGAUCCCCUCUCUCUUCACAUGGGGAACAGUAGGAGGUGUUGGAUUGGUAUGGGCCACAGACUGGAGGCUAAUCCUUGAUUAUGUUCCAUAUAUAAACGGCAAGUUCAAGAAGGAUGACUAA